AUGUCCAUGGCCUUCCUGCGAGAGGCGGCAGCCGCGGCUGCGCAGAGGAGCAUGCCAGUGGCCCAGGCGAGGCAACGCGCGAAUGCGCCGCAGGCGUCCUUCAAGAGGAUCGAUGACCUUGGCGGCGGUCUUUACCUCUGCGGUGCCGCUGCCCUGGAGAACAGGGCGGAGUUGGAGAGGUUGGGCAUCCGAUCCAUCUUGAACUGUGCCACCAACGACCUCUACAACCGAUCCUACACGGGGGGCGAGCCUCUGCGCGAGAAGUUGCAGGGCUACAAGGUGCAAGUGUUGGAGGCCGACGACGUGGAGGAGCAGCAGAUGACCAACCUGUGGGAAGAGGGCUCCAAGUUCAUCGAUGCUUCCCUGCAGAACGGCGAGUGCGUGGCCAUUCACUGCGCACAGGGCGUGAGCCGUUCCAGUAGCACUUGCAUCGCGUACCUGAUGAUGAAGGAGCGGAUGUCCUUGGAGUCCGCCUUCCGGCGAGUCUUCCAAGCCCGGGAGUACAUCCGCCCCAACCCGGGCUUCUGGCAGCAGUUGCGGGAUCUCGAGGUGAAGCUGGGUGGUGCCCAUGUGCCGCCCAGCAACGACGCAGCGGGCCUGGCCAUGGCGCGUUUGGAUGAGGAGCUCGCCUCAAAAAAGUCGGCUGCGGCGGCCGGGUGGCUCUAG